AUGAGAAAUCAAAUAAUUACAAUAAUAUUUUCACUUUAUCUAUUGCUUAUUUUUAUUGCAAAGAACAAUGUUUAUGCAAUAGAUGCUACAAAUAACAAUAACAAUAAUUUUUCCGAAUUAUCAACACUCUCUUCAACUUCCUAUAUAAACAAUGGAACCUACACAAUUACUCAAUCAGGUUCCACCAAAAUCGAAUUGAAUUUAUCAAUUUAUGUAAUUUAUUUAUUCCCUUCAAUUAAAAAUAUAACAAUCAAUAAUACUGAAUGUACCACUAUCGCCACCAAAGAUCGCCAAAUAAGUUGCUAUUUGUCCAAUCAAACAUCAUUGAAUGAAGAUAUCUAUCAAGUUCUAAUAUUUAAUGAAACAAAUCAGAUUAUUAAUGAAAAUGUUAAAUUUCAAAGAAAAGUACCAUAUAUAUCAAGUGUUUUCAGUAAUAUAGAUGAAAGGCUAACAUAUGUAAUUGGAAACUUCACAAACCAAACUUAUAUAUCAGCAUGUGGUUAUUAUGAAUUUAUAAGUUUAAAUUCUACAACCAUUGUUAUUAGAAUCGAGAGUUCAGCAGGAGAUCAAUGUUAUGUUUAUGUUAGAGAUGGUGCAUCUGAUAAGUUCUAUUUCACAAGUACCUAUAGCUAUCACAAUAGAAGAGCAGGCGAUGGAGAAGGUGCAGCUCUUGGUCGAGCACUUGCUAUCAUUGUCAUUAUAUCAAUCGUGUCGGUCGUUGUAUUUAUAAUAAUAGUUGUAAUAAUAGUUGUAUUCACUGUUAGAUAUUGUAAAAGAAAGAGAAGUCAUCCUAAAAACUAUAUUGCAGUCAAUGAAUAA